UAAUAAUAAUAUGAUAAAUUAUAAACGCGCAUCAAUUCGACAAACAUGGAGUAAAAGUGUUACGCAACAAGCAAUUCUCUCCAUGAUAAACGACGAUUAAGGAUAUAAAAAAGCUGCCAAGGUGUAUAGUGUACCACAAACUACCCUUAAAAAGAGAGUAAAAAAGUUUCGAAAAAAUCCUGAUAUUAAAAAAGCAUGGGAAAAGAUUCUAGCUGCUUUCAAAUAGUAUUUACCCGAGAGGAAGAAAAUGAACUUGUUAUACACAUUCAGCUGAUGGAAAAGAUGCUUUUUGUACUUAGCUCAUUUGAGGUCAGAAAGUUAGCGUAUGAACUGGCAGUUAAAAACAAUAAGAAACACAGUUUUAAUAAUGACCUUGGCAUUGCCGGAUGUCACUGGUAUAAAGGUUUCACGGAGAGGCAUUCCAAACAGCUAUCACUUCGUAGACCGGAGGCUACAUCAGCUGCUCGUGCCAUGUGCUUUAAACAAGUGGUUGUGGAUUCUUUUUUUUCUUUUCUGGAAAAGGUUGUGGAUACAAACAAGCUAUAUGUUGAAAAUAUCUGGAAUUGUGAUGAAACAGGUAUUUCUACAGUUCCAAAUUGUCUCUCUAAAAUUGUUUCAACCAAAGGGAAAAAACAAUUUGGUUCUCUCACUUCAGCUGAUAAGGGUCAGCUUGUCAAAGCCGUUAUUUGGUCUUCAGCAAGUGGGAGGUACAUGCCACCCAUGAUGAUCUUUUCUCGUAAACGAAUGAAGCCAAAAUUAUUGGAUGGAGCACCACCUGGUGCAUAGGCUGAAUGUCACUCAAGUGGGUGGAUACAAAAAGAAUUGUUUAUUGUUUGGUUAAGAAAAUGAAUUCAAUAGACAGGGGCCAAAAUAAGCUCGCCAGUACUACUUAUAUUAGAUAGACAUAAAUGUCACACUAAAAGAAUUGAGUUGAUUAACAUUGCGAGAGAGAAUGGUGUUAUUAUUCUGUGUUUGCCUCCUCAUUGCAUACAUCGAAUGCAGCUUUUGGAUUUGGCGUUUAUAAAGCCACUUAGCACUUAUUAUGACCACAAUAUCAGGAAAUGGUUAAGAACAAAUCUUGUACGCGUGGUCACUCAAUUUCAAAUAGCUGCAUUUUUUGGUUCAGCUUACCUGGAAGCUGCAGCAAUGACAAAUGCUAUUAUUGGCUUUCAAAAAGCUGGCAUAUGACCAGUAAAUAGAAAUAUUUUUUCCAAAUCAGACUUUCUGGCAGCAGAAACGACUGAUAUUAGUUUCAUUGAAACAAACCCUGUUGCUCAUACAUGUGACAUUGGUGUUAUUAGCAACCUCUGUGCUUCUGUCAGCUACCCAUCUGUAAGUACCAGUCAUCAAAUGUUACCUGCAAUCCAAAUAUCUGCAUUUAGCAGCAAUAUAAAUGUUUCUAACGUCCACACAAUUGCUUCUACAAGCCAAUCAUCUGAUUAUACCGGCAUAAUGUCCACGUCUUCCAGCAUUUUAACCACUUCUUCGAGCAAUGUUAAUACCACAUCAUUUCAAAAUAUAUCUCCAAGUCUUAUUAUUCCAAUACCAAAGUAGUCACUGCAAAGGAGACUAUCAAGGCAGAGAGGAAAAUACUGUAAUCCUGACCUCGUCUCCGUAUAGAGCCUCACUAUUAAACACCAUGAGUAAAAACGAGGCAAAUGCUUCAAAAAAAAGAAAAAGGCUCAAAAUGACUAACAAAAAUGGUUAUGCAUCAAAAAAAAAAAAGCUGAGGUAGAUGGACAAAACACUGCAUCUAAAAAGAAGAAAACAGUCAAAAAUUCAGAAGAAGACAGUUCAUGUCUCUACUUCCAGGAAAAUUACUCUACUAGUGUUAAAAGUUGGGUUUCUUGUAGUGAUUGCCACAGCUGGGCACAUUAAUCUUGUGCUGAUUUAGAAGAAAAAGAUAAACGGCCAAAUUUUAUUUGUGAACCAUGUCUAAACAUUAAACAAAUUUUAAAACAUA